AUGUCUACAACAACAACUAUCACUACAACCCAGCCUAUCACGGCCGAAUCUAUGCUCCGUCUCUUCCCGGACAUCGACACCAGCUCAGAGCCUCUCUCCGGCCAUGAUGAAGAGCAAAUCCGUCUUAUGGAUGAGGUCUGCAUUGUCCUCGACGAGAAUGACAAGCCAAUUGGUACCGCCAGCAAGAAGAUCUGCCAUCUCAUGACCAACAUCGAUAAGGGCCUCCUUCACCGCGCAUUUUCCGUCUUCCUCUUCAACGACAAGAACGAGCUCCUUCUCCAGCAGCGCGCAUCCGAAAAGAUCACCUUCCCCGACAUGUGGACCAACACUUGCUGCUCCCAUCCCCUCCACAUCCCUACCGAGACUGGUGCUACCCUUGAAGACUCUAUCGCCGGUGUCAAGCGAGCUGCUCAGCGCAAGCUUGAGCACGAGCUGGGUAUCAAGAAGGAGCAGGUUCCCUUUGAGGACUUCCAUUUCCUCACCCGAAUCCACUACAAGGCCCCCAGCGACGGCAAGUGGGGUGAGCACGAGAUUGACUACAUCCUCUUCAUCAAGGCCAACGUCGAUCUCGACAUCAACAAGAACGAGGUCAGAGAUACACAAUACGUCACUCCCGAGACGCUCAAGCAACAAUUCGAUGACCCCAGCCUGGUUUUCACACCUUGGUUCAAGCUCAUUUGCAACUCUAUGCUCUUCGAGUGGUGGCAGAACCUCGACUCCGGCUUGAAUAAGUACAUGAACGAACAGGAGAUUCGACGCAUGUAA